UUUGAAAGAAAUUGACUUAAAAGAUAAUUCUUGCAAAAGAACUGACUACAUUUCCUGGGAUGACUACUUCAUGUCUAUUGCCUUCCUUGCUGCAAUGAGGAGCAAGGACCCAUGCUCUCAAGUUGGAGCCUGUAUUGUUAACAUGGAGAAGAAGAUUGUGGGCAUUGGUUACAAUGGAAUGCCAAGAGAUUGUAGCGACAACGACCUUCCCUGGAACAAGCAGUCUAAGAUUGCCUUCAGACACAAAUAUAUGUAUGUUUGUCAUGCUGAAAUGAAUGCAAUUUUGAAUAAAAAUUGCACAGAUUUAUGUGGAUGCACAAUAUAUGUUGCACUGUUCCCAUGCAAUGGGUGUGCCAAACUCAUUAUCCAAGCUGGCAUAGAAGUUAUUUUCUACUCUGAUAAACACAGUCACACCGAAACAAUAGCUAGCAAACGUUUAAUGGACAUGGCACAAGUGAAGUACAGUGGAUAUCAAGAAAAAGAAACUGAAAAUGAAUUUCCGAAUAACAAGACGAUGAUGCCAGUGACCAGGGACAUCAAUAAAAAACGAGAGGACUAUUUGGCAUGGGGCGAGUACUUCAUGGCAGUGGCAAUCUUGUCAGCACUCAGAAGUAAAGACCCAUCGACACAGGUUGGAGCUUGCAUAGUAAAUGGUGAUAAUAAGAUUGUAAGCAUUGGAUACAAUGGAAUGCCUCGUGGGUGUAAUGAUGACUUGCUUCCCUGGGGCAAAGGAAGUUCAGAUCCACUAAAAAACAAGUACAUGUAUGUUUGUCAUGCAGAGGUAAAUGCCAUCUUGAACAAAAGUUGUGCAGAUGUUGCUGGAUGCACUAUUUAUGUUGCACUUUUCCCUUGCAAUGAAUGUGCAAAGAUUGUCAUCCAGUCAGGCAUCAGGGAAGUUGUAUAUUUAUCAGACAAGUACAAGGACAAACCUGAAACAAUUGCCUCCAAAAAGAUGUUUGAUUUGAGUGGCAUAUCAUAUAGGCCUUACACUCAGUCUCGCAAGAACAUUUGGAUAGACUUUGACUCAAUUGAUUGGAAUAAUGCAACACAAUUGCCACCUACUCCAGUAAAGAAUGGAAGAAUGUGAAUGAAAGAUGAUAAUGAAAAAUUCCUUUACUGCAGUCAGAAACAUGUAAUGAUACUAUGAAUAAGGGUGCUCAGGUUUCUCCGUAAAGAAUUAAUACUAGUCAUAUUAAUGAUGUGAAAUUCUUUUUUAUUGCCAUUUUGAUAGCUUAAUAUUAUUUAUAUAACUAACACGAGAUUCAGAUUUUUUUAUAAUAUAAAUUACAUAUCAAUGAAAGUUGUGGUAAGCUAUGAAUAAUCAAUCUGUACACUCAUAAUUGGACGACCCUGCUCUAACUUAAUAUUCUUAUACUUGAUAUACCCUUAGUAUUUUUCAUGUUACAGCAGUUUGAGGAGUUCCUUGAUACUGUAUUUUUGAAAGUAUAUCUGUAAGUAGUUUCUUCAAGGGCUCGGUAGAGGGUGAUGAUAUGUGCAUGAAUGUGAUUUUAUAGUUAUGAUAUUUCAAUCACAAAUGCACUAAAGUGUCCCCCCCCCCCCUGCAAGCACAGAUAGAUACACACAGGCACAAAUGCACUAAAUUCCCCCCCUCUCCCACAAGCAUAGAUAAACACAAGUACAAAUGCACACAUAAGUGCAAAUAGACACACAAGCACAGAUAUAUGCACAAGAAGAAAUACACACACAAGCACAAAUAGAUGCACAAGCACAAAUAGAUGCACAAGUGUAGAUAGACACACAAGCACAAAUAGAUGCACAAGCACAGAUAGACACACAAGCUCAAAUAGAUGCACAAGCACAAAUAGAUGCAUAUGCACAAAAUGACGUACAACCAUACCCAAACCCAAACCCUCCCAUGCACUCACUGCGUUUGGAAAAUUUUAUGGAUAUACAACCCCUGCCCCCCUUUUUUUUGUGUGUGUGUGUGUGCUUGCCUGUCUCUGCAUGCUCAUUGUGCAUGUACGCUUGUUAUACUAUAUGCUGUGCUACAAUUUUUCGUACAUAUAUUGCAAGCCUCUAGUUUUUACUUUUGAAUAAUGUAGAACCUUUCAGCUGUCAAUUGUUUUAAAAGCUUGUAUCCUUGUUUUAUUAACAGCUGUUAUAUGACUGAUGCAUUAUAUUGUUGAAUUUAUAGUUCAAAUUGCAAGACGGGGAAACAUUUUCUCCAAUAUGUUGUAAUCAGUAUAUUGUAUACAGAAAAUAAAGAAAAUUCAUAGCUUUUUAAUCA